AUGACAAUAUCAAGAGGAAAACUCCUAUUCGGAACUUGCAACACCAUACUAUUUUGCUGCGGGUUUGCGAAAGUGGUUUGUGGAUUUCUGCUUCUAAGUGAUUCAAAACGGAUCCUUCUAUCUCGCUUGCUUGUGUCUCCCGACUCUGCCUUGGACGAGCCUCCCUUCUACUACCUGUCCCUGGCGCUCCUCGCUACGGGACUAACCGUUUGUGCAGUAAGCGCGUUGGGAGUCUGGGCCACUUAUUUACCGGGUUACGCGAUAUUAACCAUCUAUUUCCUCCUGAUCGUGGGACUAUUGGUGUGUGAGUGUGCGGGUGGGGCUGCUGCGGCCACUUGGCCUCGUUGUGUGGGCGGCGGGGGCGCUCCUGACGGGGCUCGAGGCGGCGCCGUCGGAGCCCUACAAGGUUAUUACGCCGUGCCGGACUACGAACACUUUACUACAGCCGUUGAUCUAGCUCAGACUGAGCUGAAGUGUUGCGGCAUGACAGGCGCUCGUAACUAUGAUUUGUCGUCGUGGCAGCUGAGGCGGUUGGGUCCGCGAGGCCUCUCAGCUCCUCUCAGCUGCUGUGUGCAGCGCGCCGGAGGAUCCUUCUUGGAUCCCGCGCCGCUCAACGGCUCGCGGUGCCAGGAAGUCACAGAAAAUGAAUUCAGACAUUCCUCGGGCUGCCUCUCAAAGAUCGAGGAGUGGUACCAGGAACAAUACCUGGUAUUCAUGCUGUCUCUCUUCAGCGUGGUCAUAUUCAAGCUGGUCAUCUUACUGAGCACGGUCUACUCGUGCAUUCAUUACCGGAAACGGCGUCAGGAUGAGUUCAUCAUCAAGGCGGACCGGAAGUCGAUGUCGCAUGAGCCGAUCACCGCGAAGUACGUUCAGCCUAACAACUACUACAGUCCGCGGGUCAGGAACCCGAGGCUGUUUCGCGACAAGCCCAACGAGAUGGUAUGA